AUGGCUAGCCGGCUGUGCUACUUCAUCGUCUGGCUGCUAGCAGUUGGAGUUUGUGUAAUGGUCCUAGUGCGCCAUACAACCUACCCGAAUUCAAUUUUCCCUUCUAUGAGCAGGAUUCUAACAGGACCACGGGUACUCCAUGCGGUCAGUGUUGCUCACGAAAAACCCGUCCCACUUGCUCUAGCCACACAGUACGAUGGAGCCACGUGUGAUCGAGCCUGCAAAGAAGGAGAUCCUCCACGAGUGUGUUACUUCCACUGGAUCGCGGAGCAGUAUGCCGCUAUGGGAUCCGCUUGUGGUGACUGUCGAUGGGGCAACCGAAGUCACUGCUUCCAUCCACAGUGCAUUACCGCGGAUGGCAUGGAACGAGGCGUGUUGGCCAUCAAUCGGCGUAUCCCCGGUCCGAGUAUUCACGUCUGCAAGCAUGAUCUGGUCGUAGUAGACGUGGAGAAUCACCUGGAGGGUCAGGAAUCGACGAUCCACUGGCAUGGAGCGCACCAAACUGACACCCCUUGGAUGGAUGGCGUGCCUAUGAUCACACAGUGUUCGAUUCCGGGUGGGACUACCUUCCGAUACGCGUUUAAUGCCUCCGAAUCGGGCACGCAGUUCUAUCACUCGCACGCUGGUCAUCAGAAGGCGAACGGCCAUUAUGGACUGUUUGUGGUUCGUUCACCAAACGACAUCAACCGGGAGUUGUACGACUACGACCUAACCGAGCACCACAUCAUCAUCUCGGACUGGACGUUGGACCUGGUAGAAAAGUACGUACCAGGACUGCAAAGUAGCACCGUCCGUAUGGACUCAAUCCUCAUCAAUGGCCGAGGGCGCCAUUUUGAUGAAGAAGAACACGAGCUGCAGAUCUCGGCCCCCUUGACGGUGUACCGUGUAAAGAAGGGUUUUCGAUAUCGCUUCCGGUUGAUAAGCAGUGGAAGCCAGUUCUGUCCAUUCCAGCUGCAGAUUGAGAACCAUCGCAUGCAGCUGAUCGCCACCGAUGGAGGCGCGGUUCAGCCUACUAUGGUCGACACGCUCAUCUCAACCUCCGGCGAACGGUACGACUUCGUGCUGUCAGCGAAUCAGCAGCCCGGCACCUACUGGGUCCGAGUCCGUGCCAUCGGUUUCUGCAACAUCGAACGGAGAGAAGAAUUCGCCAUCCUUUCGUACACGGACGAUGUGCACGAGACACCGGAAGUGGAACUAGCCUACCCGAACCACACACCACCCACGUGGACCGAACGUUACCCAUCGGGAACGGUCCUGAACAACCCCAACGCCACGUGCUACCAACCGGAUGAUAACGAUCUAUGUGUGGCCGAUCUGGAGUCCCACGAGAUCUACCGAGACGACGACCUGAUCGAUGCCGUUCCAGACAAAACGUUCCGUGUCCUGUUCAACACAUUCACCGCUGACCCAUCGAUGCUGUUUUCCGACGAAGGAUACGUCCGGUACAUGACGGUGGUGCUCACUCUAAACAACAUUGGCAUCACCAACAACAUCAGUAUGGUGUUUCCGGACUUUCCGCUGCUCACGCAACCGGAACUGAUUGCCGGCGACGGGAUGUUCUGUAACGACACGCACCGGCCCGCACACUGCCGGCCCCACCAUGCCUGCUUCUGCGUGCACCGGGUGAAGGUGGCCCUAAACGACGUGGUCGAGAUGUCGCUGAUCGAUGACGCGGAAGUGGUUCGAGAUCUGUACCAUCCGUUCCACCUGCACGGGCAUCGCUUCAUCGUAACAGGGAUGGGCCAACUGCCGGUGUUGCGGACACGCGGCGAAAAGCUGGACUUUGUUGAGCAGGAUCGGCGGUACGUGCGCACGAUGCCCAGCGACCACAACCCACCCUACAAGGACACGGUGUCGGUGCCAUCCCGCGGCUACACUCGCAUUCGCUUCCGCGCGAAUAAUCCCGGGUUUUGGCUGGUACACUGUCACUUCGAGUGGCACCUCGGCAUUGGGAUGAGCUUCGUGCUGCAGGUCGGUGAGCUGGACCAGAUGAGGCGACCCCCGAAGGACUUCCCGCGCUGUGGCAGUUACAAACCGGACGUGUACGCGCCUCCCGUUUGA